GCUUGAGGUACAAUAGGUAGCGGGGUGGGGUGAGCGUCACGUUGUUGACAGUCGUCACCGAGUAGCCGCACGUGUGCUCCCGCCGCUCUCAUCACACCAAGAUCUUGCUUCCACCAUGCGAGGAGGAAUGGAGAAGUCAUUUGUGUGGGGUGUCACACUUGAUGCUGCUCACAAGGAACAAAAAUGGGAGGGCACAGCCACCGAAAAUACUGUGGACUGCACAGUUACAACUCAUACAUUAUCUGUAAGACAGGUUGUAUUGAGUGCUGCUGCCAAGGAGGGAGAAGUUAAUGUAGUAGAGCUGGAAGUGUUGGGUUACAACGAUAAGAAACAAAAGAUUCCUAUUUGUGUUGCAAAAGCAGGGGGCUCCUAUGUCACAAAUGUAGAUAUCCUCAUAGAAGACCAGGCAGCUACGUUCCACCUGACUGCAGGUUCAGGCCCAGUUUACAUCAGUGGCACACACCAAACAGAAACUAACAUCAUUGGUGAAGAUGAUAUGGACGACUUACCUGAUGAAGGUGAAGAAGAAGAGGAGGAGGAGGAUGAGGUGGUGGAUUCACCACCAAAGAAGAAGUCGAAGAAGUAGAGACGGAUGUUUGAAUUGUCACAGCUUCACAACAUUGCCAUGUUUUCUAUAGCUUAAAAGAUGUGAUUCAAGAUGUGUGUGUGUGCAUGAUUGAUUAAAUAAACAAGAAAAAUGGCCAGUUAUUAAUUUUUCUUUUAUUCUUUAGUUUUGACAAAAUAUAAAACUUAUGGCAGUGGGAAUGUUUUUAUAUGAAUUUGUUUCUUAAAUAUAACUAAUUCAAAUUGCCAAAUCGUAAAUAGUUUUAGCAGGAUAAUGAUGACAUUAAAUUUUUAUUGUAGGAUGGUGGGUCGUGUUCCAAUGUAGUGCAAAGUUAUUCAAAAGGCUGAGCAUUAGGUGGUGCCCCUUCAGUGGGGGCCCCUUGUUGUGGUGAAGGGCUCUUGAUCUGAGGAAGUAGUCAGUUUAGUCCUUUCCUCGUAUCAAACCUGAAUACCCCCUCCCUGCCUUUUUUUUUUUUUAUUUAUUUUACAUUGUAAUUGCAAUGUAACAGUUUAUGAUUUGGAAUUAGUUAAGUGUGAAAUAAGGCUGAUGGAUUACAAAGUGCUUUAAUUGCAUUGUAAUGAUUUUUGUAGUAUGCAAGUAAUUCAUGACAACUAGUUGGUAAGGGUAGUAAAUUGUAAUAAUAGCAAAUUGAUGUCAACAUGUUUUCAAAGCACCAGAUAACCACUGUUCUUGUGCUUUUUAAAUCUUAUAAAUCAAAUAGAGGUGGUGCUUUA